AAUUGGGUGCUUUCAUGGACAAUAGUCGUAUCUUACAUGUGCAAGCACUUCUAAAUAACAGACAUAUUUUUCCUUGGAGUUUAUCCUUGACAUUAAGAUUUUCGUAUCUUCACAAACAACGCAUAUAGCUAGUGCCCUUUUUACCGUGUCGCGGACAUAACUAUACCGCGCGAGAUGAUCGAUCGUGGUUUCCAUUUCUGAAUUGCGUGGUUAUUAAACGGAUGCAAUAUGGAAAUACGAGCAAUAAAAUAAGAAGUUCGUCAUCGGUCCCUAUUGCUGUGGCCGUACACACGUAUCGAAAAGAUACAAGGCAUGUGCGGCUACAGGGACUGCUCUAAAUAUAGCACAUGCUCGAAAUAUAACGAAGCGCCGCAACCUUAGCCAACGACGACGAAAAGCUCUGUAAAGCGUCGUCCUCAAAAAUGUGCGAAGCGCGCUUGCGACAAUGCGUUUUAAACGGACAACGUUGGAAAGCAGCACGUUGUUAUCCAUUUGAUUCUCAUCUAUCAAUGAGCCCACCCAUAUCGAUCUGAUUCUGAAUUAACGAGAAUUUUCGCCGCGCGUCGCGCCGUAUAUUUACCAUCUGGCACUCGGCGCCAACUUUGCUUCAACUACCACGAAAGAUCGUGCCGCAUUAAUCGAAUUUGGCGAGACCUUAGAAAAUUCUGAAGCGGCGCGCGGCAGACGUGGUAGCGCGCGAUCAGCAGCGAUUGUGAUUUGUGCGUUAUUUCUCUUGCUCUCUAACUGCUGAAACUUUUAUUUUGUGAUAAGAUUGUAUUCGGGUGUGUAAGACGACAACUUGUCAGAAGGUGUCACGUAUACACGUGAUCGGGUAAAAAAAAAAAAAAAAAAAUAUACGUGUGUGCUUGUCCUGAAUAUCGUCAAAAUAAUGGAUGAGGGUCAUAACGUUUGUUUUGGAGUAAACAGCGAAAGCGAAAGUUUUGUUGAUUUGUAAAAAGAUAUAGGAUCGGAGAUAAUAGUUACAAAACGCCUAGGAGAACAUCAGCUUUCGACAUGGUGCAACAGGAGCAGGCUCACGAUGCUAAGCAACAGAUCGCAAUCAGUCCAGAGGAUACCGAGGAUAUACCUGCUGGACAACAAGGUCCUCAAGUUCCGAGGCGAAGAGGAGGCAUCUCCGCGGAGCCGGUAUCCGAAGAGGAUGCGACCAGUUAUGUUAAGAAAGUCGUACCGAAAGAUUACAAGACAAUGGCUGCCUUGAGCAAAGCUAUUGCCAAAAAUGUUCUCUUCGCUCAUCUCGACGAGAACGAACGUUCUGACAUUUUUGACGCCAUGUUUCCUGUCACGUUUUUACCCGGAGAGGCAAUUAUUCGUCAAGGCGACGAAGGUGACAAUUUUUACGUGAUUGAUCAAGGAGAGGUCGAGAUCUUUGUCAAUGGUGAAUUAGCCACAACAAUAGGAGAAGGUGGAAGUUUUGGUGAACUUGCAUUGAUAUAUGGGACACCGCGUGCCGCGACUGUUCGAGCGAAGACCGAUGUAAAAUUAUGGGGUAUCGAUAGAGAUUCAUAUCGAAGAAUCCUCAUGGGAUCUACCAUAAGGAAGCGAAAGAUGUACGAAGAAUUCCUUUCCAGAGUUUCAAUUUUAGAAUCUUUGGAUAAGUGGGAACGGCUCACGGUGGCUGAUGCUUUAGAACCGGUGGCAUUUGACGAUGGUGAGACAAUAGUUCGACAGGGUGAACCAGGUGAAGACUUUUACAUAAUCGUCGAAGGCACAGCUGUUGUCCUCCAACAACGUUCAGAAGGUGAAGAACCAGCGGAAGUUGGUCGUUUAGGACCAUCUGAUUAUUUCGGUGAAAUUGCAUUGUUAUUGGACAGGCCGAGGGCAGCAACUGUUGUGGCACGAGGCCCUUUGAAAUGUGUGAAACUCGAUCGAGCAAGAUUCGAGCGAGUUUUAGGCCCGUGCGCGGAUAUUUUGAAACGCAACAUCACCCAGUAUAACAGUUUCGUAUCCUUAUCCGUAUAAAUUAUCGUGCCGGAAACAUUAUCAGCUACCCCUGAUUUCUUUUUAUUAAAGUACGUUUCACUUUUAAUAUUUUUUAUUUGAGUAAUGAUGUAAGUAAUAAUUGUACCAUGUCGGGUAACGAUAUCUGUGUUGAGAAUUAUAUAUGUCGAUUAAAAUUGUAUAAUUGAAUAUGCAUGAAAAUAUUUUAAAGCCAGUUUAAUAUUUUUUUUUUUUUGUUUAAAUUUUGAUAGGUUUAAAAUUUGUUGAAAAUUUAAAGUAUUUUACUUUUUUUUAAAACAAAUCAAUGAAAUAAUUUUAUUAUUAUUGAUUAGCCGAGUAAAACUAGUUUGAGUAAUUCUUUAAAAGUUUUGAGUGUGAAUGUUAUUUUUUUUCUUUGUACUUCUUACGAGCAGUGUUUAUUGCUUAUUUCAUUAAUAUAUGCGAUCGAAAUAUAUUUCUGCGAUGCCAUAUAUAAUUCUUAAGACACAAAUUGAAUAAUUAGGAACGUCGUGAUACAUCAAGUUAUUACGCACUUUGUAAUUCGCAAUACAGCGAUAUAGAGGUCGAAUCUUAGCCACUUUUACACAAACAUAUUUCCCGAAGAUAUUCGAAAUUUAUGGAAAUAUUUGAAAAAAACAUUCAAUAACUAUCUGUUUUACUUUGCAAGAUUUUUCGAUGUUUGACGAAAUUAAUAAAAAAAUAUUAUGUUAUUGAAUCUUAGGUUUUAAUUUCCAUUACAAUAAUGCCUUCAUUUAUUAUAUCGAAUUUCAAAAUUUUGUAACGUUAUAUGAAAUAACUAGGAUUAUUAUAUGCAUUUCACGACGUAGUUAAUUUAUACACAUACACGUAUAUGAUUUGAAAAAAAAUAUAAAUAUAUAUAAGAACGUAUUUAAUUUAAACAUUUGUGUAACGAUGAAUUUAAAAACUGAAACUCAGCUGUAAUAUCGCACAAUUUUAUUGGCAGUUUGUGCACAAAAUCCGAACCGAGUAAAACAAAUUUGCAUUAAAUAACGACAUGGAUUGCUCAUACAAAUUUAUCACAUUGUAACUGGAUAUUGUCAAGUCAAUAAAAUGUUUUAAUUAUCAGGAAAUUAAUUUAUAAAAACAUGAUUUGUGCAAUUUAUAUAUUUGCAAUGCAACGAAUAAUUGCAACAAAUCUGUAUUUUAAUGAAAUCUUUACUUUACUCGUAUAAUUCUGAUAAAAAAUAUGUUAUUAUUAUAUAACGUGAUAAGACAUUGAUUUAACUUUAUUUUUUCUAUAUAGAAAUUUCAUAAAAAUUUAUUAUCAAAGAUUUUACUUUUUAGUUAUUAAUUAAAUCUUUUUGAAAUAAAAGAACGUCAUUAUGUCUAAAGUUGUAAAUAAUUGAAUACAUACUGUGCAUCAUAUGAAAUAUGAUUGCUCUUAUUUAUAAUUGGAAAUAGAUCUACAUGUUGACUGCCGUAUUGAUGUUUUUAUAAUUUUUAAGGAUGUUGAGAAAAAGUUAUGGAUUUUAGCAAUUAUUUGUUGUUCAAUAGUUGAAAUAUAAAAUACACAUACGAUAAUACGAAGUUUUGUGUUUAUUAGUAAUAAAAUUAGGAUUUAAUUUUAAUUUAAAUCCACUACGUUCUAGCAUAACAUUGAUUAAUAAUAUUAUAUCCGAAAAUUAAAUAAUUUAUUAUGUACACUAUAUCCAAAUGUGAUCGUACAAUGAAAUGUCUUUCUUCUCUGAAUUAUACCCUUGGAUUCCUGUUUUGAAUCAAAAUGGAGAUGAAAUUCUCAACACUUGAGAAUCGAUGAUAGAA